AUGGCCAGACUUCGCACCUCAAAGGCAGCCACGCUGCUCACAAAGCUACAGACAGAUUCCGAGCCUGGUCUAUCCAGCGCUCAGCUCAUGUUAACGAACCAUGAUUUGAAGCCGGUGGAACCUGCCAGGCGACAAUGGGGGCCUUGGAACUUUGUUGGAUUCUGGAUUGCGGACUCGUUCAACAUCAACACCUGGAUGAUCGCUAGCUCCAUGAUCACGGGCAGCGGUUUAGCAUGGUGGCACGCCUGGCUAUGUGUCUGGAUCGGCUACUUCAUUGCGGCCUGCUUCAUCUGCUCGACUGGUCGUAUCGGCGCAACAUACCAUAUCUCAUUUCCGGUCAUGAGUCGUGCUUCUUUCGGCAUCUGGGGCUCGUUGUGGCCCGUUUUCAAUCGAGCAGCGAUGGCGUGCGUCUGGUACGGAGUACAAUCAUGGAUAGGAGGCGAGUGUGUCACCUUGAUGAUCAGAGCCAUUUGGCCUUCCUUUUACACCCUUCAUAACGGCAUCCCAAGCUCGGGCACCAACACUCGUGACUUUGUUGGCUUCUUCCUUUUCUGGGUCGGCUCUCUGCCAGCCAUUUGGUUUCCAGUCCAUAAGAUCCGACAUCUCUUCACAGUCAAGGCAUAUUUCGUUCCAGUUGCUGGUAUCGCCUUCUUCGGAUGGGCGAUUGGGAGGGCGCAUGGCAUUGGCCCAAUCGUCCGCCAGCCAGCCACUUCCCACGGCUCCGAACUCGCCUGGGGCUGGAUCGCCGGGAUCAUGAGCUCGAUCGCCAACUUCGCCACCCUUAUUGUGAACGAUGCUGACUUCGCGCGUUUCGCCGGCAAACCCAAGGACGCACUCUGGUCUCAACUGUUUACCAUCCCCAUCGGCUUCGCUGUGACGUCGUUCAUCGGCAUCAUUGUCUCGUCUUCGUCGAAAGUCAUCUACGGCACGGCAAUCUGGAAUCCACUCGAACUCCUCUCGCAGUUCCUCCUCGACGACGCCACAUCCGCCGAGCGCUUCGGCGUGUUCAUCAUUGCCAUGGCCUUUGUGCUCGCACAGCUCGGUACGAACAUCGCAGCCAACAGCGUCUCCGCUGGUACAGACAUGACCGCGCUGCUACCUAGGUACCUCAACAUCCGGCGUGGCGGGUAUAUCUGUGCGAUCGUCGGGUUGUGCAUGUGUCCAUGGAACCUGCUGAAGUCGUCGAAUAGCUUCACGACAUACUUAUCAGCGUACUCGGUCUUCCUGUCGAGCAUUGCGGGCGUGAUUAUUUGCGACUAUUACAUUGUGAGAAAGGGAUAUUACAGCCUGCGAGACUUGUACUCGGCGCAGAAUUCCAGUCCAUACUUUUACUGGUUUGGAUGGUCGUGGAGAGGGUAUGCGGCGUAUAUUUGUGGCAUUGCAGUCAAUAUUGUCGGCUUUGUUGGCGCGGUCGGGGUCAAGGUCCCUAUGGGAGCUGUGUACAUCUACCGGUUCAAUUUCUUCGUAGGCUUCAUCGUCGCGAGCGCGGUAUACUACCUUUUGUGCAAGGUAUGGCCGGUCCCUGCGACAAGUCGCGUGUGGUGCGAGAAGGGCGAUGCGGCGGAUCGGCAGUUCAGUGUCGUGUAUACGGACGCGGAAGGGUAUGAUGAGGAGAGGAGUACGGCGACAGACGGGGUUGCGCGUGAGAGGGGGGAUGCAGAGGAAGGCGAGGAGAAGAAGGUUAUUUAUCAGGAUUUGACUCGUGGUCAUGGUCAGAAUUUUUGAGUCCCGACUGGGCUAGCGAGUGGGAUGGUCUAUGAACCGGUUGAGUGAUGGUCUGCGGGUGAGAAAUUAUGUGAUCGAGUAACGAUCGGGUUGCACGAGAAAGAAGUCCCAAGGACGUAUGAAGGCGUCACGGAGCAGAGUCAUCCUUUGCCGGGUAUUGGCGCAGUGGUGGCAGGGGUGACGGCUUUGCUCUGCUUGUAUGGAGAUUCCGUACAGAUUCGCUCUUCGUGAGUAGCACCCCAAGGUGCAGCCAUCGACAUAUGACUUGAC